AUGGCAACCUCCGAUGAAAAGGUAGCAAAAUCGUCAUCGGGUGUCCCACGCAACGUCCGGACCACGAUCAACUACUACCAGGACCCCGGAGAUGGGACUGAGCAUGCACCUAGCAUCGCGGGGAAGAGAAGCACCUUUGUCCAUCCAUCUAUCGACUUUGAGACUGUCGUGACCGACAUCACUGGAAGCGAAGACAAAUACACGCUCGACAGCCAUGGCUUCCAACUGCACCGCCAUGUCAGCCAAGAGAAGGAAUUUAUCGACGAGCAGAAAAUCAAGGAUCUGUAUUAUCCAGAGAUAGAACAACUACUUUUUGAAGUCACUGGAGCGAGCCGUAUUUGCAUCUUUGAUCACACAAUCCGAAGACCGAAUCCCACAGCUGCUAGCUCGGACGACGAAAGACGGCCCGUCAAGCGCGCCCAUAUCGACCAAUCUGAAUGGGCGUCGGAGAAUCAGGUCAGACGACACUUGGGAGAAGACGGCCCGAGACUCUUGAAGUCCCGAUUCCAACUCAUCAAUGUUUGGAGGCCGAUUAAAACCAUCUACAAGGACCCUCUUGCGGUUUGCGACUCUCACUCGGUGCCAGACAAAGACAUUGUUCCGGUCAAGUUGAUUUAUCCUGAUUGGGUGGGAGAACCGUGUACGAUUUUGCCGAACAAGGCGCAUAGGUGGUACUACAAAAGCCAGCAGACCCCAGAGGAGGUCAUGUUCAUCAAGUGCUACGACUGGAAGACGGAUGGGCGGGCGAGAAGGGUUCCACAUGCAGCAUUUACAGAUCCCGAAAUGGAGGGUCGAGAGCCGAGACAUAGCAUUGAAGUGAGAGCGCUGGUUUUUCAUGAAGGAGAUGUUAGUAGGGAAUGA